AGCACUGUUUCAUCACUUUGUUCACCUCCGUGAGUAGGCGUGAUGGUGGGAGGGACAGAAAACAGGUACCAGAGGAUUAUUCUUGCACAUAUGAGAGCCUUUACAGGAUUCAGUUUUUUAGAUAAAUUAUGGAGGUAAAAAGGCAGAUAUCCAGUGCAGCAGACUUUCCUUUAAACACCCUGGGGUCCGUAGAGAGACAAACAUCUCGCUGGCGCCUGGACAUGAACCAUUAUGUGACCAAGAAGAGUACAGCCCAGAGCAUGCUCGACAUCUCUCUGCUGAUGGCUAACACCUCUCAGCUAAGGUCUGCACUGCAGGAGGGCCCUGAGUACCGAUUCCAUCUCAUUGCCCUCAUCAUUCUGUCCAUCACACUUCAGGUCAUUGUUGGCCUCCUUCUGAUUUUCACUGUCAAACAUAACCUGAAUGAUGAAAGGAAACAACCUAAACUGAACAUGUUAAACAAUGCAGCUACGGUUUUUGUCUUCAUUACUCUCCUCAUCAAUGUCCUCAUCACUGUACUGGGUUCUGACACUAACUGGAGUUAUUUAAGGAUGGAUGCUGCCAGUCCUCAAAUGGACUCUCCAGGGGAUGAGUAAAUUAUAUUUAUACAUUAAAUGCAUCUGAUUGGAAGGAUGAUAAACAUUCAGACAUUUGAGGAUCAUGAACAUCUGGAAAUGAAUAAAAGGAUCUUAAGAAGCUUACAAAAACAUAAACAUUCAUUUAAAAUGUGAACUUCAGGACAAAGUUUUAAUGUGUGUUAGUUAUUUAGGUUUAGGCACGACGAUGGACAAAGACGAAUUAUAACAUUUUAGACACACUUUUACUUUAUACCAGCCUAAAUUUUUUAACGUUCAACAAUGCUUUAUUAACAAAACAAAAAAAAAAACAAAAAAGAAAAGAAAUAAAA